AUGAUUCUCGUGUUCCAGGGCGUCUUCGCCUUUCUCGUCGUCGCAUACCCGCUCUACGCUGCCAGCGCACUGGGCGCAAACAGCUUGAUGAGGAGUAUAUUCGCCGCGGCGUUUCCCCUCUUCGGCGUCGCAAAUGGGCGAUCAAUGGGCUACAUCGCUCCUGGCGUUUUUGAGUUUGGUCAUGGCGCCGUUUCCGUGAGUCUCUCUGGUUCCUACUUGUGUGGUUUUCUGUGGAUGACCGGACUAUUAUUCGAUGACGGAUGA